ACUUCAUUCAUCCUCUUCCUCUCAUCUCAUGCAUGUAUGUAUGUUAAAAAAACACCAACCGAAAUUCUCGGCUCUCGCUCCGUUAACUCCAACCAAAAAAUAAAUAAAAAAUCAGGGAUUUCGAUUUUCCAUCCAAUCACAACACUAUUUUCCCCCUAACUCACUCACUUUCCCGGAAAAAUAUAUAAAAACAGAGAAUUGCCGGGAAAGUUUGAGAGAGAGAGAGAGGAAGAAACUUCUUCUUUUUCGAUUUUAUGGAGGUUUGAAGGGAAUGAUCGAAACUUUCUCUCUCGCUAGCUCAGAAAGAGAGAGAAAGUGAGGGAAAAUCGUUAAACCAAUGGUGUUUGUUUUGCUGUUUCUCCCGGAACAGUGAAAAACCAGAGCUUUUUUCUUUCUUCGAACCUCUUUAAAAGAUUUUUUUUUUUUUUAAAUAAUUUAAGGGAAAAAAAAUAGUUACGAUAUCAAUUGGCUGGUUUCUGUGAAUCGAAAAAAAAAAAUGGAGGAAGAAGAAUACUUGGAGGAGUUUGUUAUGGAACCUUUUGUUGGUGGUGAAGAAUUGGAUCUCAAUUACGAGUUCGAUGCGCCUCGGUUCCACGACUUCACUCUGCCUGAGACGGAUUUGGAGGCCUUCGAAGCCGGCCGCUGGUUCGAUUCCACGAAAACUUACCCCCCUUCACCUUUCAUGAUAAAGUUGAACUGGGAAAAAGGAGGUCUUGUGGAAAUUAUAACUUCCUCUGAUAAAUUGAGAAUUGAUGAACGCAUGAAUUAUAUUGGGAAUGAUUCUGACAGUUGCACAACUCCCAAAGUUUCUGCAACCGAUGAUAAUAACAAAGAUUCAUUUAGCAGUGCUCAGAUGGCCCAAGCUAGUCCAAAAUCUAAAACAAACUCCCCUGUCAAGUCAACUAGGAGUUCAACUUUAAUGAAACCAACAGCAAGUCAUUUGGCCAAGCAGAACAAACCUAGGUUUCAGAAGAAGUUAGAGAAUAUUGAUGAAAAGGGUUCAGGGAGCUUUCCUGUGAUUGACAACCAAGCUACAAAAAGGCAGAAGUUGGAGGCUGGUUACUUGCAGAAGGUUGCUCACCUGAAGCAUCAAGCUCUUUUGCUUCACAAGGUACCUAAAAAGGUUGCAACCAUUGAUGUUAACUAUGUGCAUACUAGACUUAAAGUUACUAUUCCUAGAGAACCUGAUCUGGCAACAGCACGUAGGGCCCAAAUACAUAGGUCUAAGAUCAACACAGGGUUGGGUGAACAUGCAGAAUCAAAUACCCAUAGCUUCAAAGCGCACCCCUUGAACAGAAAAAUUCUCGAGGCUCCUUCAUUGCUUCCUCCUAAAAAGAAAAUAUCACAGCUGCAAGAGUUUCAAGUGUUUCACCUGAAGACCUCAGAGAGGACUACGCAACACACAUCCAGUAAUGUGGGGAGCAUAGAUAAUUUUAAAUUUAUUUCACAAUAUGAAGCCAUGGACGGUAAAAGGCUAAAUGCUUUAAGCCAGGAGAAAUGCAAAACAAUCAACAAAUCUAAACCUCACCCUAUUACUAAUAAGAUACUUUCAAGAAAAGAGAAACUUGGUGUCUUUCAAAAUUCCAAACAAGAAACCACAGUCCCAAGGGAACUCAGUUUUUCAACAGAUAAGAGGUUUCUAGUCGAGCCACCAAUAGAAUUAUUGAGUAAGCUCUCCCUAGCAUCUGAUGCCCAGCUCAAUGGGAAAUCUCCGUCAAGAAGUCCUCUGCCAACUAAGGAUUCAAAAGAGAACACACCAAAACCUUUUAAAGCGCGCAAGGUGAUAAAUUUGUUCGAAGAAAAAUUGCAGAGUUUGGGUGGGAAGCAGUAUCAAUGUGGGAGUUACAGGAUGAUUCCUGAAGUUGGACCACAAUUGUACAUUAACAGGAGCAGAGACAUAUGCUGAGAACAAGAGCAUGAAGAUGCCCUUCCAUUUUUUAUGUCAAUGCUUUACCCAUGCAUUGCAUAACAAUGAGGACCUUGUACUCCAUCAAAUUCCAGGGAAGAUGCCCUUACCAACCCAAUAUUUCAGGGUCUAUAGUUGAUAGCAGCUUUUUGUGCUUUCUCAGUUGUACUAUGGUUGAUAACAAAUUUUUGUGCGUUAUCAGUUGUAGCGAAUGAAAUAAUAAAUCCAUUUUUUCCGGUUGUAGUCUUAAUAAAAUUAGCAGAGACCAGCAGUGUCAAGCGUUCUAGUCUCUUUCCUAGUUUCCUUGGUCUUAUCAAAAGCUUUAUGUGGCAGAUUGCAAUGCAGAAAAGCCUGAGAAAUAUAGAGAAAGAUUCAUGUUUUUCCUCA